AUGUUAGAUGCCAAAACAUUUUCAUAUAAGAAAUAUUUAAUUGAAGCUAUCAUAGCUUUAGUAUGUGUAUUUAUUUUUUGUGAAUAUUUGUUAUAUUAUCUUGUGCUUAUUCAGUGUACAUGGCCUAUUUUGGAACCACAUAAAAUCGAUAUGACUAUUACUCAACUCAAACCAGAGGAAACUCCUGUACAUGCAAUGUUUAUAGCAGAUACUCAUUUAUUAGGUUCUAAACAUGGACAUUGGUUUGAUAAAUUAAGAAGAGAAUGGCAAAUGUAUAGAGCAUUUCAAACUAUGAUUACACUUCACAAACCAGAUAUAAUUUUUAUAUUAGGUGAUUUAUUCGAUGAAGGACAAUGGAGUAGUUCUGCAGAAUUUGAUCAAUAUGUACAAAGAUUUCAUUCAUUAUUUUCAGUACCUAAACAUAUUCAUCUUUAUGUUGUUGCUGGAAAUCAUGAUAUUGGAUUUCAUUAUGGAAUUACACCAUAUUUAAAUCAACGAUUUGUAAAUGGUUUAAAGUCACCAAGUGUAAAAAGAGUUAGUAUUAGAGGAAAUCAUUUUGUUUUAAUUAAUAGUAUGGCAUUGGAAGGAGAUGGAUGUUUUUUAUGUCGUCCUACAGAAAUUGCAUUAAAUAAAAUUGCUACACAUUUAAAAUGUGCAAAAGAUACAGGAAAUAAUUGUAACAAAGAUAAUGUAAUUUCGAGAUAUAGUAGACCAAUUAUUUUACAGCAUUUUCCAAUGUAUCGUGAAUCUGAUGAAAUUUGCAAUGAACUUGAUCAAGCACCAGAUGAAAUAAAAGAUAUCAAGUUUAGAGAACGAUGGGAAUGUUUAUCAAAAGAAGCAUCUGAACAACUUUUAGAUAUAUUGAAUCCAAGACUUAUUAUUAAUGGACACACCCAUCAUGGUUGUAGAAGAAUACAUAGGAAAGAUAUAUUAGAAUUUACAAUAUCAUCUUUUAGUUGGCGUAAUAAAGAUAAUCCUUCACUACUAUUGGGUGUAUUUACUCCUAAUAAUUAUUCUGUAUCAAAAUGUUAUAUGCCUGUAGAAUCUACAGAAAUCAAAAUUUAUAUUAUUAGUAUAAUGUGCAUUUUCAUAUAUUUUAUUAUAAAAUGUAAACUAAAACAAAAUCGAUAUUAUCUUUUAAAAUUUCAUUAAAAAUAUAUUGCUAUAUAUUAAUAUUAAUGAAAAAGCAAAAAAAUUACAAAUAUAUAAUUAAAAUUAUAAACAUAACAAAAAACAUAGAAAUAUAAACUUCGGAUUAUUGAAAAAUAUUUGUGUUUAUAUAUAUAAAAUCUUUAGUGAUAUUAAUUACAUAUUAUUUACACUAUUUAUAAAAUAUUUAUCUUAUUUUUGUUGUUAUUUUUGUUAAAUUAAUAUAAUUA